AUGGCUGAGACCCAGGCUCCCGAGGUUGACUACACCCUCAACAACCCCGACACCCUUACCAAGUACAAGACCGCUGCUCAGAUCUCCCAGAAGGUCUUGGAAGCCGUUUCAGGAUGGUGUGUUGAGGGAAGCAAGAUUGUCGAGCUCUGCCAGAAGGGUGACCAGCUCCUCGAGGAGGAGAUUGCCAAGGUCUACAAGGGCAAGAAGAUCGCCAAGGGUAUCUCUCACCCUACCACUGUCUCUCCCAACUCCUAUGUGACUCCCUACACUCCUUUGGUGUCCGAUGCUGCCGAGGCCGAGACUACCCUGAAGGCUGGUGAGGUUGUUAAGAUCCAGCUGGGUGCUCAGAUCGAUGGCUUCGGAACCAUUGUUUGCGACAUGGUCAUUGUUGCCGACAGCAACUCCUCUUCCGAUGAGGUGACUGGCCGCGAGGCUGACCUGAUUCACGCCACCCACUAUGCCAACGAGCUUCUCCUGAGACUGUUGGUCCCUGCCGGUCUUCUGGCCAGCGGUACUGAGGAGGAGAAGCAGAAGGCCGCCGCCCAGAAGCCUUACACUCAGGCCCAGAUCACCCAGCUCAUUGAGAAGGUUGCCAAGGUCUACGACUGCAACGUCGUCGAGAACACCACCAGCUGGCUGUUCCAGCGCAACGAGAUUGAGGGCGAGAAGAAGAUCAUCCUCUCUCCCGGCACUGGUGUCAAGGGUGAGGGUCUUCCCGACGUCGGCGAAGUCUGGGGUAUUGAACUCGGACUGUCCCUCGGAUCCGGAAAGGUCAAGACUCUUCCCCACCGUGCUACUCUGCACCGCCGUACCACCACCACCUAUGGCCUCAAGCGCCCUAGCUCUAGACAGACCCUGUCUGAGGUUGUCAAGAAGUUCGGCACCUUCCCCUUCAGCUUGCGUCAGCUGGAUGACGAGAAGGCCGCGAAGGUUGGUGUCGUUGAGUGUGUCCGUGGUGGUGUCCUGAGACAGUACGAGCCCGCCGGUGAUGCUGACAACGCUGCCGUGUCCCGUGUGCUGUCUACCAUUGCCAUCACCAAGAACGGUAUCACCCGUCUUGCUGCUCCCACCACUCCCGAUCUUACCAAGUUCAAGACCGACAAGAAGAUCGAGGACGCGGAGAUUCUCGAGAUCCUUGAGCGUCCCUUGGCCAAGUCUACUGGCUCCAAGAAGAACAAGAACAAGAAGAAGAAGGCCGCCAAGACGGAGGACUCCAAGGAUGAGGAGUAA